AUGGAGGAACUGUGUCAAAAGCAAUUAUCACUGUUCCAUACGGUGUCAAGGGCGCUUCCCAACUUCACCAAGAUUGGAAAAAACAAUUACACGGCUGCGAAGAUCCGAUCACGAGUGACUUCAUUAAAGGAAACAUGGGCGCAGUGCAUUCAAAAUCACGCUGUUCUUCAGACUGGCAUCUCAGGAGAGAAACGGAAGGACCUAGCUUAUUUCAAGGACCAGAUGUUCGACAAACACGAGGAUGUCUAUCAGAAUACGUUGGACUACAUGGCAGAGUGUCUCGAGGAUAUUGAACCACCCGGAGACCUCCUUCAGUCGUCCAGCAGAAUAUUCAACCAGGGUGAAUACACCUCAUCCUUUUCUUUAUCGCAUUUACCGCCGAUUAAAAUUCCCCCAUUUAGCGGAAAUUACGACGAGUGGGAAACUUUCCGCGAUCGAUUUACGUCGUUAAUUAUUUCGAAUAAAGAUCUUACUGCGUUCGCACGUAUGCAUUUCUUAGCGUCAAGCUUAACCGGCCGCGCUCUCGAAUCGAUUAAAACGAUACCUAUUACCGCUGAUAAUUUUGAAAUAGCAUGGAAAACGCUCGUUUCACGCUACGAGAAUAAGCUGCGAUUAAUUGAAUCGCACGUCAGUGAUCUCUAUAAUUUACCAAACGUUUCACGCGAAAAUGCAGUAGAACUUAAUGAGCUUCGCGAUAAAGCCAACCGCGCAAUAGCGUCCUUAAAAAAUUUAGGCCGAUCUGCGGACGAAAUGUUAAGUGACUUAUUAGUUUUCCGCGUAUCUCAACAGUUAGAUCAUGCGACACGAAAAGCGUGGAAAUUAAAGGGAAGUGAUAGCACGACAAUUCCUACGUAUGAAGAUUUAGACAGUUUCCUCGCGUCUCGAGCUCACGCUCUUGAAGAAUUAACGUCGUCCAAUACAAAACCCGUGCGUUCAACAAAGGUCGCGACCACUACGGCAUUUGCGACCAAUGUCACAUGUCCAUUAUGUAAAGCACCUCAUUUUGUAAAUAAAUGCGCAAAAUUCGUACAAAAAAGCCCAACUCAACGAUUGGAAAUAAUUAAACAAGCGAAUCGUUGUUUAAAUUGCUUAAGUGCGAAACAUGCAGUUCAGUCGUGUACAAGCAAAUAUUCGUGUAGAACAUGUAAGAAAAAACAUCAUUCGAUGUUGCAUCGUGAAUCGACGUCAGAAUCAAACGGAAAUCUUAAUGCUACAACUGCAACCUCUCCGUCGGAGACGUCCGAUACUGCGGCAAUUACUGCUUUCUGUUCAACCGUUCCGUCGCGGCCCUCCGUUUUAUUAGCUACAGCUCGCGUCAAGAUCAGCUCUCGAGAGGCUCACACUCUCAUUGUUAGAGCGCUGCUUGACCAAGGGUCAGAAAUGACGUUUAUCACCUCAAGACUCAGUCACGCGUUAAAAUUACAGCGCGUUAACUUGCCUAUCACGAUUUCAGGUGUCGGAGGUAUCAAUGCUGGAACUUGUAGGUGGGCUGCGCCGAUUAAUAUCUCGCCUUUCAAUAAAUCGCAUCCCACUAUUUCGGCUACCGCCUCUAUUUUAAAAUCAUUAACUCGGUAUUCGCCAGCGUUUUCCACAUCGAAUGUCGAAUGGAAACAUCUGACCGAUCUCAAUCUCGCCGAUCCAGAUCCGUUAAGCCCCGAUGCAAUUGAUGUUCUUAUCGGAGCCGAUUUAUACAGCGAACUUCUUCUUAACGGAAUUCGAAAAGGCCCAAGCGGUCAACCGAUCGCACAGGAAACAAUUUUAGGUUGGGUCCUCUCAGGCCCUACAUCGAUUCCAUCGUCAUCAUAUCAUACUAUAACGGUGCAACACAGCGCGAUCUCAUUAAGUCUCGAUAAAGAGCUUCGCCGGUUUUGGGAGAUCGAAGAAAUUCCCCGUCAAAUUCUGCUCACGCCGGAAGAGCAACAAUGCGAAAAUUAUUUUAAAUCAACUUAUUCGCGUGAUUCUGACGGGAGGUAUAUUGUUCGCCUCCCAUUUAAAAGGGGACCUCCGAUCGAAAUUGGCGAUUCCUAUAAUCUUGCGAAGCGACUUACUAAAACACUACACCGACGGUUAGCCGCAAAUCUCUUGCUAAAAACUGAAUACACCGAAUUUAUGGACGAAUACGAACGCUUAGGGCAUAUGAGAAAGGUAUCGCAACCCUCCAGCGAAUCUCAAUGCGUUUACAUUCCUCACCAUCCCAUAAUUCGGGAAAGCAGUCUUACGACACAUUUAAGAGUCGUUUUUAAUGCUUCGUGUCACACCACGAAUGCGACUUCUUUAAACGAUCAUUUACUGAAAGGCCCUAAACUCCAAAACGAUUUAGCGGCAGUAAUUCUUCGAUGGCGACAACAUCGCUACGUAUAUUCUGCCGAUAUCGCGAAAAUGUAUCGUCAGAUUAAAAUCGAUUAUCGCGAUAUUGAUUACCAACGCAUAUUGUGGGCAAAAAAUAGUAACGAAUCGAUACAAGCGUAUCAACUCUUAACGGUCACAUACGGUACAACGGCGGCUCCAUAUUUAGCUUUGCGCGUACUUCGCCAACUCGUCAUUGACGAAGGGAACAAAUUUCCUAUAGCUUCUCACAUUUUGCAGCAUAACAUGUACGUCGACGAUGUAUUAUUCGGUGCCGACGAUAUUCCUAUCUUGCGACAAGCUCGAGAUCAAGUGUGCGAAUUACUGCAUCGCGGCAAAUUCGAGCUUCGCAAAUGGUCAAGUAAUUCGUCUAAAUUGCUCGAAGAUAUCGAUACCAAGAAUCAUGGUUUAGCCUGUAACAAAAAUCUACAAUCUGAUGAACAACUAAAAAUUCUCGGAAUCGUGUGGAAUCCCUCGUUAGAUGUAUUUCAAUUUCGGGCAUCUCUUCCAACGACUCUCUCAAACACCAAACGAUCGAUUAUGUCUACGGUUGCGAAAUUGUUUGAUCCCUUAGGCUGA